ACGUAGUUUGUAAACAUACUUUCUGGUCAUGCUUUGAUGCGUGUGUGCGUGCAUAAAUGUUUGUGUGUUAGUGGCUCCCUUUGUUUCGUUGUAUAUUUUGAAAGUAUUACUCUCUUUAAUUGUCAUAUGAAAAUCAAUCUUUGCUAAAUUAUUUUCUGCUCGUGAAAUGGAUUUUUACUGCCUAUCUCUAAAUAAAUUUUCCAUUAUACUCUUACAAAACCGUUAUAAUAAAUAGUAAUGUCUGAAGAAAAUCGAAGUUUCGGUAGCUACAUGUCUAGCGAUCGAGAUAUGCACAGUUAUUGCAAACCACCUAUACGAAAAAACUCUGAUGAUGACAUGGAUAAUGAUACUAGUGAAGAAUAUUGUAUUUGUAGAAGUAAAGAUACCAGCAGAUUCAUGAUUGGUUGUGAUAGUUGCAAUGAAUGGUACCAUGGUGAUUGUAUUAGCAUAACAGAGCAAUAUGCAAGAAAUAUUAGAACAUUUUAUUGCUUGAUGUGUAGAGAACGUGAUCCAACGCUUGAAAUUCAAUUUAAGGAAAAAGUAGAGAAAAAGAAAACUGAAUCUGACGGCAAGAAAAGUAAUUUAACUUGUGAAGAUGACAGAAACAGGAAAUCUGCUCGCAGAUGUGGUGAAUGUGUUGCAUGUUAUCGAACUGAAGAUUGUGGCCGAUGUGACUUCUGUAAAGAUAUGCGGAAAUUUGGUGGACCUAAUAAAAUAAGACAGAAAUGCCGUCAACGACAGUGCAUGAACUUUGGUCUUAUUUUAGGCAAAAAACCAAAAUAUAUACCUGGUUUGCACAGUGAAGAUACGGAAGAUAAUGAUCGUUCUGGUAACCUUUCAGCUACUGUUGCACAGAUAAAACUUUCUAAUGACGAAGAAGAUGAUGAUGAUAGGGAUGCAGAUUAUGAACCUCACAGUAAGAGAGCUCACUCAAAAUUGCGACACAAAAGCAGAUCUGGCCGACAAACUAAUAAGCAUAGGAGCAAAAAAGAAGAACAUAGAAAAAAGAGGGGUGAAAAAGAGAAAAGUUCUAGCAAAAAAGAACAUGACAUACAUCCUCAGUGUUAUGGACCAGGCUGUACAUAUCCUUCAAGACAAAAUUCUAAGUAUUGUUCUGACCAGUGUGGAAUGAAAUUGGCUACUAAUCGCAUUUAUGAAAUACUUCCUCAUCGUAUUCAACAAUGGCAGCGUACUGUGUGUGUUGCUGAUGAAAAUAAUCGAAGAGCUCUGGAGAAAGUACGACGCGAGCAGCAAGAGACGAAAGAAAGAUUAUCUGCAUUAAACAAAAAACAAGAAGCUUUAGAAAAACUUAUUGAAGUAGCAAAAAGGACAUCACUGGCUGCAGAUCAAGACAGUUUAGAAGGUGAUACUGAUGAAGCUGAAAUCAGUAUAUAUUGUGUAACUUGCGGUCAUGAAAUAAGUGCUAAAAGUGCAUUAAAGCACAUGGAGAAAUGUUUUAACAAAUAUGAAAGUCAGACAUCAUAUGGCUCAUUUUAUCAAACAAAUAUUGAAGGAAGUAACAUUUUUUGUGACUAUUAUAGUCCUCAGCAAAGGACUUACUGCAAGCGUUUAAAAAUUUUAUGUCCAGAGCAUUCUAAAGAACCAAAAGUAUCUGAUGAUGAAGUGUGUGGAUGUCCAUUGACUGAGGGAGUUUUUAAACCAUCUGGUGAAUUUUGUCGUGCUCUUAAAAAGAAAUGUCUUAAACAUCAUCAGUGGGAAAAAUUCAAAAGAGCAGAGAUUGAUUUGGAUAAAAUGAGAAUUCUUUUCAAAUUGGAUGAUUUAAUUGAGCAGGAAAGAAGCAUUCGUCAGCAAAUGGCUAAUCGAGGUGGAGUAUUGGGAUUGAUGUUACAUCAGACAAUUCCAUAUGAAGCAGUGCCUGAAGGUUGAUAUAAAUUUGUUUAUAUCAUGAAAUAUUAAUUUUUGCUUAAUAAUAUUGUGCUCGGUUUCCAUAAAAAUGCCAUGUUUCAGAAAGAAAUUCAUUUUAAAUAGUUUAGUGCCAUGUUUAAUAGUCUGUUACAUAAUUAUUUAAUUGAGUGUUUUUGAAAGUUAAAAUUUAUGUGCAGAUACAGUCAUAUAUAUAUAUAUAUAUAUGUUACUGCUCAAGUGCAUUAAUGUGCACAUUACCUAGCUAAUCUGAAUUGAUUUGCUGUGUUAAAGUGAGGAAUUGUGAGAUUUCCGCAUUUUACCUAGGUAAUGUGCACAUUGACGACUUCCGUAUCGUUGAAGUUCAUAAGUUUCUUUCAUUGCCUUUCCCUCUCCCUACACUUUGCACAUUACCUUCUAGGCACUUGCUAGUCUGCACAUUACCUUCUAGGCACUUGCUAGUCUGCACAUUGCUGUCUAGGCACUCGUUGAACUGAAAAUAAAGAUCAAUGCUGGAACAACAAUAACAUUUCUAUACACUUAAAUUAACAUGAUGUAAUUUAUUUAUUUUUCAAUAUCUAAAAAAUAAGUGGUACAACUCUGAUAUACGCCCUAAUUUCACCAAAUGUGGCGAUAUGUGUUCCGCGAUGGUUUUUGGCGUGAUUGUGUGUUA